AUGAAGCCUGCGCGUUCUAAGAGCAGAAAAGCUCUCACUAUAGAGGCUGAGCAAAGCAAUGCAGUUCAACCGGAGAAUAUUUCUGAAGGACAGGAGCCCCCGAGGGCUCCGCCCCCGAACGAAGAAGCCAUAACUCGUAUGGCCGAGUUCGUAAAUGAAAACCCCAACAUUUUCGAGGAGUUGGGAAGAUACCUCAAGAGGCAAGGCAAACAAAAGGCCGAAUCCUCCAAGAGGAAGUCGGAUGGGUCUCCUGAAGACUCAUCCGAAGAGGAGUCAGAUGGAAGGCGCCUGAGCCGAAGUGCGUCGAAACGGGCCUUCUCUAAGGCCACCUCCAAGGUAGCCUCUAUUACUAAGGCCUUUUCUCGAGGGCUCCUAGGGAGACGACCCGAGGAAGAGCCUCGGCCUUUGGGAAGACCUGGGGUGGAUUACAUGAGAGCCCCACCCUUCACUGACGAUAUCAAUGAGGAAAGGCUUCCUCCAAAUUUCAAGCUUCCAUCAAUACAAUCUUAUGAUGGCCGAGGUGAUCCUGAGGAUCACAUCCACGCCUUCAUCUCCGCUUUCCGCAUGUACUGCAUUCCUGACCCCGUCAUCUGCCGGGCUUUUCCCGUAUUCCUCCAGGGCACAGCCCGAAAAUGGUUCGCAAGUUUGGAACCUAGGAGCAUUUCGACCCUGGGAGAAUUAGUGGAGAGAUUUCUUCACCGGUUUAUCUCCUCUCGACCUACAACUAGGACCUCGGCUUACCUGCUGAGUAUGCAACAGAACCCGGGGGAAUCACUCCGGUCAUACGUCCAGAGGUUCAAUGAGGAAAGUGUACAAAUACCCGACCCCAAUGAGCAGGUUACCAUAGCUGCCUUUACCCAUGGGCUCGUAUCCGGGGUAUUCAACACGGGGAUUCAUAAAAAAUACCCCCGCACCCUCCACGAGUUGUGGUCCAAGGUCGAGAAGGGCAUACAAGCCGAAGACCUCAACCGUAUGAAGAAAGAGGUCCAAGUUGCUCGCCCGAGGGUUGAUACCCGAAAAGGGAAGGACCUCGGUCGAAAUGACGCAAAGGCAGGAGGUGGUUUCCAAAGCCCCGGCCGAGAUCGCCGCAGCGUGUUCGAUAGAAUUUCUAAAGGGAAAGCCCCCAUCCCUGAGUCUGAGCUGACUCCACUAAAUACCUCCCGAUCUCAGGUGCUAUCCGUAAUGGAACAACGCAACCUCGGGAAAGCACCCUCCAAGAUGAACGGUAGCCGAGACAAGAGGAACUCGAACCUCUACUGCUUGUAUUACCGGGACAUCGGGCAUGAGACUGAAGAUUGUAACGAUCUAAAGAGGGAGAUCGAGAGCCUGAUCAGACAAGGUCACUUAAAGCAGUUCAUCCACCGAGGUGAUCAACGCCGGGACAAUCGCCGUGAUGGACGAAAUGACCAUCGCCGAGAUGAACGGCGGAUUUCACGCAGCAGUUGCCGACCUCCUGAGGAUCCUAGGGAAACCAAAAGGCCCCCUCCAGACGGAUCAUCAGGCCAGGGGUUGGGUUACGGACCAAAUAUUGCCGGGGUGAUCAACACUAUCGCCGGGGGUCCGACGGGGGGAGAUAGUCAAAACUCCCGGAAGAGGACCUACAGGCAAGCCAAUCCGGAACAGGCCGAGUCGAGCUCUCGCUUGGCCGAGAUGAUCACCUAUGGGCCCAGCGACCCCGUGCCAGCUGCCUCUAGUAGUCAUGAGGCCUUGGUGAUUGAAGUCCUCACCAACAAUUACAUUGUAAAAAAGGUCUACAUUGACCCGGGGAGUUCAGUGGACGUCAUGUACCUGCGCACCUUUGAGAGCCUCAAGCUGGCCAGGGGGAGCAUGACCCCGGUAAGAACCCCUCUUGUGGGGUUCGGGGGACACAUCGUGCACCCCGAAGGGAUGGUGACUCUGACUGUGACUGUUGGACGCCACCCCCGCUGCAGGACCGUCCCCGUUAACUUCGUAAUAGUCAAAGCCGACUCGCCUUACAAUCUGCUCCUAAGUCGACCUACACUAAAUGCUCUGCGGGCAGUAUAUUCCACCUACCACUUGAGCUUCAAGUUUCCCACUCCUGCUGGGGUGGCCGAAGUAAGCAGCGAUGUCAGUGCCGCCCGAGAAUGCUACCUCGCCACUCUACAGGCAGCCUCACCCUCAACCUCCGAAGUGAGGGCCGAGAGAAGGUCAAAUAUCCUCUCGAUUGACAGCAUCGAUCCUCGGCGGGCUGAGAAGGCACCGAGGCUAGAGACUGGGGAUGAAGUGGAAGAGUUCCCUCUGGACCCCACGAAGCCCGAUCAGACGGUGCGAGUUGGUACCCGAUUACCCAGGCUCAUCAAAAAGGGGAUGUUGGAUCUUCUCAGAGAUUACCGGGACAUCUUUGCCUGGAACUCAGAGGAGGUCCAGGGGGUCCCACAUCACCUCAUGAUACAUGAGCUGAACGUCGACCCCCAGAUCCGCCCGAUCAAACAAAAAAGAAGGCACCUCGGCCCCGAGCGUAGCCGAGCUGUAGGGGAAGAGGUGGACAAGCUUCUCCCGGCCAAAAUCAUUCGGGAGGUUCAGUACCCGACCUGGCUGUCCAACCCGGUCAUGGUAAAGAAGGAUACCGGGGCUUGGAGAAUGUGCGUUGAUUUCACUGACCUCAACAAAGCCUGCCCCAAGGACUGCUACCAACUACCCAAGGUUGAUACCUUGGUAGACUCAGCAAUGGGCUACGAAGUCCUUUGCUUUUUCGACGCCUUUAAGGGGUACCAUCAGAUCGGAAUGAGCCCGGAGGAUCAGGAGAAGACCGCCUUCUACACCGAUCGAGGCACCUACUGUUACACCACAAUGCCUUUCGGACUAAAGAACGCCGGGACCACGUAUCAACGCUUGGUAAACCAGGCUUUUCAAGAUCAGAUCGGCCGAACUGUCGAGGCCUACGUGGAUGAUAUCCUCCUCAAAAGCUGUACCACCACCACAUUUCUGGCCGACCUGGAAGAAGUUCUGAAAGUUUUUCGAAAGACGCGAAUGAUGUUGAAUCCCAAGAAGUGUGUCCUGGGGGUCACUUCGGGAAAGUUCCUGGGAUAUCUUGUUUCCCGACGAGGGAUUGAAGCGAAUCCAGACAAGGUGAAGGCAAUUCAAGAAAUGUCCCCACCUCGGUGCGUCCGCGAUGUACAGAGGCUCAUUGGGCGGUUGGCCGCCCUGAACCGGUUUCUAUCGCAGUCCGCAUCUAAGGCCCUACCAUUUUUUAAAGUUCUCAAAAAGGCCACCGACUUCUCCUGGACAGAGGAGUGUCAGAAGGCAUUUGAGCAGUUAAAGGAAUACCUCUGCCGCCUCCCAACACUCACCUCACCUCGCUCCGGGGACAAGUUGUUCUUGUACCUGUCCGCCGCCGCCGAAGCGGUAAGUGCCGUACUCAUAAGGGAGGAAGGUGUCCAAACACCUGUGUAUUAUGUCAGCCGAGUUCUCCGAGGUCCGGAAACCAGAUAUACUCAUGCGGAGAAGCUCGUGCUAGCCCUGAUUCACGCAGCUCGAAGGCUCAAGCCCUACUUCUUGGCUCACCACGUCUGCUUGAGGACAGACCAGCCACUCCGACAGGUCUUGUCGCGACCGGAGGCCUCUGGGCGCCUCACCAAGUGGGCCAUCGAGUUGGGGGAAUACGACUUAUCCUAUGAACCGCGCAAGGCGAUUAAAGCUCAGGCUCUCGCAGACUUCCUUGCCGAGCUCACUUUUGACCAGGUACAGGUUGCCACCCCGGCUACUAUCCAAGCUCCCACUCCGUCCACCCCCGAGACUCAGCGCUGGAUCUUACAUGUGGACGGCUCGUCCAAUAGUGGGGGGAGUGGAGUCGGGCUGCUCCUCGAAGAUCCCCAAGGAGAUGUGUGCUCAUACGCUCUAAGAUUUGACUUCGCAGCCUCUAAUAAUGAGGCUGAGUACGAAGCGGUUAUAGCCGGACUGCAGCUUGCCCGUAAGCUUGGAGCCGCGCACAUUCUAGUCUACAGUGAUUCUCAGCUCGUCGUGUGCCAAAUACUAGGUGAAUACGAGGCCAAGGAGGAGGUAAUGCAACGUUACCUCUCCAAAGUCCUUCAGCUGGUGGCUCACUUCGAGUCUUUCGAAAUCCAGAGAAUCCCGCGAUCGCAAAACAGGAGAGCCGAUGCUCUCUCCCGGCUUGCUUCGACCUCUUUUGCCGACCUGAACAAAACUGUUCUCGUCGAAGUCUUAGCCGAGCCAGGGUACGAAGGAGGAGAGGUGUACCCCAUUUAUCCCGGGGACACCUGGAUGGGGCCACUAGUUCGAUUCCUCGACCGAGGUGAACUCCGCGAAGACCGAGCUGAGGCACGUAAGCUUCAACGUAAAGCAGCUCGGUACACUCUUCGACAAGGCCUCUUGUACAAGAGGUCCUACCUCGGCCCCUGGUUGCGGUGCAUCACCCCGGAGGAAGGCAACAGAAUUCUUCAAGAUAUUCACGAGGGACUCUGUGGUGCUCAUGUCGGUUUCAGGAUGCUGGUGAAAAAAGCUUUAUUACUCGGGUACUUCUGGCCCACCAUGAAGAUGGACGCCCAGGUCAUGGUCCUUUGUUGCCCCUCUUGUCAGCACCAUGCUCCUGAGCAUCAUCAGCCGACCAAUUUAAUGAUUCCUAUCACCUCUCCCUGGCCCUUUGAGCAAUGGGGAACUGAUAUAAUCGGCCCCUUCCCAAGGGCUCCAGGUAGUUAUGCCUACGUGGUGGUAGCAGUAGACUACUUCACUAAAUGGGUCGAAACAGAACCCCUGAGAAGCAUUACCGGAGUGGCUGUCCAAAAAUUCUUUUGGAAAAACGUGGUUUGCCGCUUCGGCCUUUCUCGGGUAAUCAUCUCGGAUAACGGCCGGCAGUUCGCUGACAACCCCUUUAAGGCCUGGUGUGACGAGCUCGGGAUCAAACAACAUUUCACCUCGGUCGGAGACCCCCAAGCUAAUGGACAAGCCGAAAAUUUCAACCGAACCCUCCUCCAUGGCCUUAAGACCAGGCUCCACCGGGCUGGGUCGUCAUGGAUGGAAGAGCUUCCUAGUGUGCUGUGGUCAUACCGAACUACGCCGAGGUCGGCCACCCAAGAAACUCCUUUUUCCCUCACUUAUGGAUCUGAAUCUGUCGUUCCGGCUGAGUUUAUUACACCCAGUCCACGGAUGGCCGCAUAUGCUGCAGAACUCAACGAAGAGGAGCGGCGAGUUGACCUCGACCUUGCCGAAGAGAAGCGCGAUAUAGCCGCAGCCAAGGUUGCUACCUAUAAAAAUAUCCUAGCUAGCUAUUACAAUGCUCGGGUCAAACACUUAAGGUUCAGCCCGGGAGAUCUCGUACUCCGGAAGAAUUCGGUUAGCCGAGCUGAAUCUCAGGGAAAACUUAACCCCAAAUGGGAGGGACCCUACCGCGUUGUUGAGUCCAGCCAAAAUGGAUAUUGUAAGUUAGCUUAUCGAGAUGGUUCGCGAGUGCCCCGGACUUGGCACGCUGAGAAUCUUAAGAUGUAUUUCCCUUGA